AUGACGGCUUCGAAUGGGACCAUUGGAGACUCCUCCAAAUUCACCGAAGAUCCCCUAUAUCAAAAGACGAUGUCGUUAGUCCGCCCAAACUGGUUAAAGGAGAAGAUGGAGGAGGGGGGUUUGGGUUUCUCAUUCGGAAUGUCCAUGACCUUUUCACCGGAUGUAGCUCUGUUAGCCAAAGUUGCUGGAUAUACUGCCGUUUUGAUCAAUCUGGAACAUUGUCGAGCCGGUAUAGAAACCGCUUGUGAUGUCGCUUGUGCCUGCUUGAAUAUUGGAAUCUCCCCUAUCUGCGUCAUACCUUCCCUACAAUCCGACUGGAUCUCUAGAUUACUUGAUAACGGUGUACAAGGUAUCAUAGUCCCCAGGACAGGCACAGCUGCUAUGGCUAAAGAGCUUGUGAAGCUCUCCAAAUUUCGACCCUUGGGUGAACGACCAUUGACUUUCACACCACAAAUGCAAUAUCAAAUGCCUCAUGCGGAGUACGCUAAACUCGCUCAAAACAAUACCACUCUGACCAUGCCGAUGAUUGAGACUGUAGAAGGCUUAGAGAAUUGCGAAGAGAUUGCAGCUGUUGAAGGUGUUGAUGCUAUCUUUGUGGGAGCAUGGGAUCUCGCCGACGAUAUGGGUAUCGGUGGACAACGUGAUAGUCCUCUCCUCUACGAAGCUCUUAGCAAGAUAUGUCGAGCAGCUAUGAAAUACAAUAAAUUCGUGGGACUGGGUGGCAUGGAACCAAGACCUGACAUCAUUUCUAGAUUGCGAAAGGAGUUCAACUGCGUAAGAUAUGUCAUGGCUGGUAGGGAUACUUCAGUCUUCCAGUCUGGUAUGGCCGCGCAAGUCAAAGCCAUUAAAGAGAUCGAGGCUUCAACAUAG